AUGCAGUCGUUAGCUCCAUCUUCAACAAUUAGUAUCAAGUCGAUAAUGCGGACGCCGUCGCCGCUACCUAACCCCCACCGGCUCGCUUUCACCGUCCAAUCAGCCGCUAGCCGCUUUGAUUCCGCUUCAAAUACGACUAAUCCAGCAGUAUCCGCGGCGGUUCCAGUGCCGGUGCCGGCGCCGUCUACCAACAACUUUACGUCCGGUGGAGUUGGUAAGAGCCGCGCCGAUUGGCAGAGCUCGUGUGCUAUCCUUGCGAGUAAGGUUGUGUCGCAGCAGCAGAACACCGAGAAGACAGGCGGUGCUGAUAACAUCACCGUCGUGAACGGACAUAAGACUCUAGAUCUGGUACCUAUUGAUAAUCUACCUAAACCGUUAACUAUCACCGACCUUUCUCCGGCGCCGAUGCACGGUGCGCAGAUUCGCGUUGCUUAUCAAGGUGUCCCUGGCGCGUAUAGUGAGGCGGCGGCCGGAAAAGCUUAUCCACAGUGUGAGGCUAUUCCUUGUGACCAAUUCGAGGUCGCAUUUCAAGCGGUAGAGCUUUGGAUUGCAGAUCGUGCUGUUUUACCUGUUGAAAACUCUCUCGGUGGUAGCAUACAUCGGAAUUACGAUCUCCUCCUCCGCCACCGUCUUCACAUAGUCGGUGAAGUCCAACUCCCGGUCCACCACUGUCUCCUAGCGUUACCUGGCGUCCGGAAAGAAUACAUCAACCGUGUUAUCAGCCAUCCACAAGCUUUAGCUCAGUGCGAGUUAACUCUCACCAAACUCGGCUUAAACGUAACUCGCGAAGCCGUUGACGACACCGCCGGAGCCGCCGAAUUCGUCGCUGCAAACAACCUCCGUGACACAGCAGCAAUCGCAUCAGCACGCGCCGCCGACCUCUACAAUCUCAACAUCCUCGCCGACGGAAUCCAGGACGAUUCAAGCAACAUCACACGAUUCGUGAUGCUUGCACGUGAACCCAUCAUCCCCCGCAACGAUCGGCCAUUCAAAACAAGCAUCGUUUUCGCUCACGACAAAGGAACAUCAGUCCUUUUCAAAGUCUUAUCAGCCUUCGCUUUCAGAAACAUUAGCUUGACUAAAAUCGAAAGCAGACCUCACCGGAACCGGCCGAUUAGACUCGUCGACGAUGCAAACGUCGGAACAGCGAAGCAUUUUGAAUACAUGUUUUAUGUUGAUUUCGAAGCUUCAAUGGCAGACGUAAGAGCUCAAAACGCGCUUGCUGAGGUUCAGGAAUUCACAUCUUUCUUGAGGGUGUUGGGUAGUUACCCCAUGGACAUGACCCCAUGGUCUCCUUCUAGGGAAGACUAA